AAAAGCGAACAUCGACAAUCAAAAGACAAGAAGUCAAAAAGUGGAAAAGUUGGAAAGUUGCAGUAAUUUUAUUUUUAUAAUUUCACUAAUUCAAUGCAAUUUUAAAAAUACUACCAAGUUCCUAAUCAAAAUAAAAAAAAUAUUUUUUUUUUUCUAAAAGUGUGGAAGAAUAUGAUGGUUUAUAACGACAAUUUAAUGUCGAUCGAUAAUAAUUCACCUCGGAAGGAUUCUGGAAAUCCAAACAGAUACUCGUGGGCUGAAGAAGUUAUUGUUCACGAAUAUGGCCACGGAAAAAUGGAAGAGAUAAAGAAAGUCUUAGAAAGAUGCGAUGGCAAUAGUUCAGUUGUAAUAAAACAAGAACCAGGAACAAGUAAUAUCAAACGUGAAAUCAGAUCAGAAGAUCGUGAAAUUUCUUUGGAUUUCAUAGAUAGUGUAAAUGAACAAAAAUUUGAGAGACUUGUCAAAGAAGAAAAACUCAAAACUCCUUUCAAACGACGUCAUUCGAAUACUCCUAGCAAUGAAAGUCGCUCUGGAAGCCCAAACAGUAGUAUGCAAAGUGAUAACUGCGAAGUGAGGCCUAAACCUUAUCGCAGAAGAGUCAACGAAAAGCGUGCUAGACACAGUAGUCAAAGUUCUUCUUCCUCAUCGACACAAGGCACUGAAACUGAUCCAUCCAUUUUGGCCAGAAGGCAGAAACAAAUUGAUUAUGGCAAGAAUACUGUUGCAUAUGAUCAUUAUAUUGAAAGGGUCCCAAAGAAUCUAAGAACUCGAGAACACCCUCGUACACCAAAUAAAUUUGGUAAAUAUAGCCGGCGUGCAUUCGACGGUUUAAUCAAAAUCUGGCGCAAGCAGCUUCACUACUACGAUCCUCCCAAAGUGGAAAACGAGGACCAAGCUGUUAGUACGGAUUCUGAAAGUGAAUCUGAUUAAAUUAAUAGAGUUAAAUACUUAGAGUACUGAUGAAAGGUGGUCAACAAAAAUUACACACAAAACUUAACUAAGCUUUUCCAAAGAUUUGGUUUUGGAUUUGGAACCAGAUGAUCAUGUUUUCAAGAUCAAAUUCUUAAAAUCUAACAACCAAAGUAAAAGAAUAGCCUGGUUUUGGAAUAACAAUAAUUGUGUUUAAUUGUGUAAUGGAUGAGCAAAUUAAUACGUUUAUUUUUUAACUUCUUAAAUAUUUUGUUAAAUGAAGGAAAAGUUUUCGUUAUAAAUUAACAAUGCCUCAUAUAUUAUUCUUUUGUAUUUUCAAUGUUAACUAUUAAUAUAUUAAAAUAAAUUUAUAUUAAUUGA